UUGCAGUAUAUCAGUAUCAAGCGGAUCCGCUGCUGCACGCCGCAAAGUUCAGUGCGUUUAAUUGAAAAUUUCGCGCGUCAAGCUCGUGUCAAAAUACGCGCUAGUUUCCGUUUGACCAUUAAUUGUAUAGCAGCGAAAUAAGCGCAGUGAACAAUGCCAGAUGUGAUCGAGGAGGAGAUUAGACACGUGCUCGCGGGACAGGGCUCGUCCAGGACGGCCGACCAGUUGUGCGAUUACACGCUCGAGCAGCAGAAUGAAGCCAUCGAGGCGAACGGCAUCAAGCCGGCGGUGAGCUCAUCCUACGUGCCGGUAUGCCAAAAGACGGUGACGUACAUCGUGGCGGCGGUGCUGAUCAACGGCGACGACGAGGUCCUCAUGAUCCAGGAGGCCAAACCGUCGUGCAAGGGCAAGUGGUACCUGCCGGCGGGCCGGGUCGAACCCCACGAGAACCUCAUCGACGCGACGAGGCGCGAAGUCCUUGAGGAGACGGGCCUGCUCAUGGAGCCCAAGUCCCUCAUCAUGGUGGAGUGCGCGAGCGGCUCCUGGUUCCGAUUCGUCAUGACCGGCAUCGUGAUCGGCGGAAGCCUCAAGACGCCCGACCAGGCGAAUCAGGAGUCGCUGCAGGCCGCCUGGGUGCGCGAGGUCACGAGCCUGCCGCUCAGGUCCAGCGAUAUUUUCACUCUCAUACAGAAGGGCAGGGACUACAUGAGCAAGGUCAACGGGCCCUGGCACUCGAGUGUCCUGCCCGUUGAGAAGCAGCACGACAAACUUUACCUGAGGCUCAUCAUAUGUAUUAAGAAGAAAGCAACUAACAGACUUCACGUGUUGAUGUCGGAAAAAACGACCUUACACUUACCGAUUUGCGAGAUCAAUCCUUCGAAAAAUUUGCACUCCACGCUUCACAGGUUCAUGGUGGAAAUCUUUGGAGAAGGCAUCCCUCAGCACAAGCCGCACGGUCUUUUGUCGGUCGAAUUCAGCGGCCAGGGCGAAGGGGACGGUGUCUGCUUGACUUUGUUGAUCUCGUUCAGGCCUGCCUUAGAAGAAGUCUCGAUCAGCGGAAAAUACAUAUGGCAUGAGUUACCACAAUUAUUAGCCGAAACUCUAGCGAAUCGUUUGCCUCGAAACAUGUCGGUAUGUUUGAACGUUGUGCGCUGAACUUACAAAUUUUUUACUUUUAAUUGUUGACAAGUAUAAAAUAGAUUAUACUAAUUGAUAUUUUACAUAUCUAGACAGCGUCAAUUCCUAGCACUAUUUUCCAAUAGUCCUUCCGAGACCCCAAAACUAAAUUUCUUGAUCAGUUUUUGUGAAAAAUAUUUAUCAUAAUGCGAAUAGAAUUUAAUUUUUUACUGAUCAAAAUCAUAGUCUAUAUUGUACAUUAAAAACGUAUGCAAUAUUAUGUAUUAUCGCGAGAUGUGCUCAAGUAAUUGUUACAUUCAAACAUUGAAAUGAAUGAGUGUGCUAAACUUCCCAAAUGUAUGUAUUAUUAGCUAAUAGCUCAUAGACUACAAUUGAAAUAACAAUUGUUAUAACUAGAGGCUGCGAUAUCUUAUACUCAUGUUUUUAUAAUUUUAUUUAUACAGAUAAA